GGCAGCAGAGGACGGACGGACGGACGGACGACGACGACGACAGUAGCGCGGGCGGCGGCAGCGGGCAGCCGGUUGCAGGGCACGACGAGCUGUGAAGGUCGAGCGGACAGAGCCGGUUGCAGCGGACGCCUCUGCCGGGGCUCGACGUGCUCACCUUUACCGUGAGCCAAACAAGAAGAAGAGGGGAGUCUGAAACCGGAAAGAAACCUCACUUUACGAAAGAAAAAGGAAGCUUAGCCAUGGCAGCGCCCUUCAGGAAAGCGAACCCUCGGGGUCCGGCGCCGGCGGCUCCCAGAAAUACAAGUCUUGCUCACAAAGCUCGAUCUGUAAAACUGACUGAGGCCAACAAAGAGAACUGUCCGGAACCAGUGAGGCCAGAGAAAGAAGCUACCAAGCAAGGCAGCAGACUACCUGUGCCGGUGAAAAAGUUCAAAGUAAAAUCUGUUCCAGACUUCAAAAAGUUGCAUCAAAAUUGGGAUCGUAACUUCCAGAAGAAACAAACAGCAGCCAAGAAAGCUUGCACCCGGCCAGUUCCAUUUAAUUUUGCAAUGGCCAGAGGAGCCAAAUCAACUGAGCCCAUGAGCACAAAGCAAGCCAUCUGUGAUGAGACGAUAGUGCUGUCUUCGGCAGCAACCAAGGAAGGGUCCUUCGAAUCUGAGGAAAGUUAUCCAGUGGGUGGUAAUUGUGCAAUGGCAGAUACGGAUGCAGCUGCAGGUGAAACAAUACCUAUCCCGGACCGAUGCUCUGGUGAACUGCCACACCAAGAGCAGCAAGACUUUGAUCCUAGCAUUUCAAGUUUAGAAAUUGACUGGAGUGUGGCAGCUAAGAAAGAAAAACAAUUUGACCCUUGCCAAGCAAGUUCAACUCCAAGUAAAACCAAGAACUCCGACAUCCAGAAUCCAACACAGGAGAUCAAGCCUCCUUCAAUGGUAAAAGAAAAAAUGGAUAUCCUUCAGACACCAAAAGCAGGCAAUAGUGAUGGAGAUUUUGUGGGCAAUCCAAUGGCAUUACAGAGCAUCCUAUCGAAUGUUGGAAUUGAUGCUUUUAGUAUUAUUAAUAACAAACCCAGUCUGGCAAAUGGAGUGUCUGUGAAAAAGAACAUCCAAAAUCCUGAACAGGCUAACCUGAAUCCAGGUAAUAACAAAGGUAUGGCACUGGGGAGUGCCAGAUCGACUGUUGAUGGCAGGAAUACUUUCAGCAUCCUCUGCGGCAAAACUAGUAUAAGUCAAGCCCCUGCGAAGAACAGUGUACUCCACUGCAAGUAUCCUGCGCAAAACCCAUUUAUGAUUGGAAGAUCAUCCUAUAUGCCCUGUAAUCGCCCAGCUCUCCCAUUUGCCUUGGGCCGUGCUUCCUGCAUUGCCAAACUAGAUACCAAAGCUUCUGAAAUAACUACUCCAAACAGAAUUCUUCAGCCAUUGAAACUGUAUAAUGAAGUGAGCAGCCGACACCAUUUCUCCUCCAAGAAACCAGCCAGGCAUAAACCUGAUGACCCCGACUUGGGGGAAGAACCCAGUGAAUCCUCUAGCUCUGCUGCUCCCACAUCCGUUUCUGCCGGAAUCUCCUGCAACUGGAAACCACACGCCAAAACCAUGCAAACACCCGAUCGAGCAUUGCGACCAUCUAACUGUCCUUUCAGCAGUACUCGCACUCCAUGUGAAAACACCUGGCAUCCAAGCCACAUGCUUGCUCCCCCCUCUAGUAUGGGUGCAACGUUCAAGUAUGUGAAAUGGUCAGAUGUUCGCCUAGCAAAGGGCAAGGCUACUGAGAGCAGUGCCUCAGACAAUGAAAAGGAUCCAAUGGAUCAGAUUGUACUUCGUCUUUUUAAUGAUCCAGAUGAUCCAAAUGACGUUGAGAAGGUACCAGAGAUGCCAAGCUUGAAGCAAGAACUAGAAGGAGCAAAGUCUCAGGAGAGUCCAGUACUUAUGGACCUAAAGCUGGAAAAGCUAAAGAAAAUCGAACUUCUUGCUCAACUUCUGCAGAAAGAAAUUCAGGAGGUGAAGGUGAUUGAAGAGACGCUUACAGAAAGCAACUGUGAUGAAAGGGUUCCCCUCUUCUCGCAAGGAUUUCCCAACCUGCCUGGUGCCAUCUUGCAAAGUUGUCCAAUUGCCACUGCCUCGAAGCAAGCUGAAGCUGAAGGAUGCCUUCGGCCUUCUGAGUGCACUGAACUGGUCUCCAAUCAAACACCUACACAGGCGGACUGUUCACGGAAUAUUAAUGGUGUUUCUGGAGCUGUAAAAGAUCUUUGCACAGUCACCCGCCAGUCUGAGAUCCUGCUUCCUUCCACCGAGCCCCUUCUGAAUGUGACGGACAACCUGCCCACACCUGUUAGUUGCAGCUCUGCUCACUUACUCACAACUGGGUUCAAAUUCCAAUCUCCCUAUUCUAGUGGUCAAGCAGGUAGGGGGGCGCUGCAUCCGUCCAGCGUAAAACGGAGGUUUGAUGAGUUGCGUCCUGGAUGCCGGAAGCGUUUUCAGGAGACUCUGCUGGAUGAAGAGGUUUCCUGCUGCUUUGCUCGUAUCGCCCUGUCGCCUGAUAGGAGGGGAGACAGAAACUGCACCAACCCUGUGGCCAAAAUACUCGAGCAACAAGACGUUAUGCACUUUGUCCCAAUUGAGCUACCUCCUUGCAUAAGCAGCCAGAGAUGUCUCCAGCAGUUUCUGCAAUCUGUUCAGGAGGAACAAGAAUGUCCUACCCUCUAGAUGAUGCAUUUAUGAAGUUGUGGUAUUUUCUAUUUCUUUUGUUUUUUUCAAUGCCUCGAAGUCUGGUGAGGAAACUAGUUUAUAGUUACAAAAAAGUGAACUUGAGUGCCCUUCAAGAGCUUGGGCUACAUUGUCACUUGAACAGCUAUUGUCAAUGUCCAUGGUGAUCCCUUGCUGAAACACAAAAGCCAUGCUUUGUUUACAUGAAACUUUGUCUACAUAUGCUGUCUCCUAUGUAAAAGCAAGCACUUUGAAAUUCAUCAACUAUAUAAUACUGCCUGACUAGCACAAGCAUCCUAGUGACCUAACGCUUUUACCUGCUGUGUAUUUCAUCACUGUGGAAAUUGCCUAAGUUUCAAUGUACACUACAAUACACUAACCCUAUGUAACCACUUAAUUAAUAACUUGGAGUCUUGCUUUCUGUAAUCUCUCUGAUAUGAACAGGACAUGAUAAUGCAUGCUACUGCCAUCCUUUGCACAUCACAGGCCUUCCUGCAGUCUCGCCACUUUGAAAUACAUGAGUUAAUUGAAUUAUCCUUGUACACCAAUGCUGGGAGCUGAUCAAAGCCAGAGUUCGAGAAAAGUCAUGCUUUUUUUAAGCCGCAGAGCUCCAAGCAUAGAUUGGAUCAUGUGACUGCUGUUUUAACGCAAGGACAACAGUUUAUCCUAACCGUCCCAUAGUGUAGUCAUGUAUCCAGCAUUAGCUGAAAUGUUGACCAAGUGUAAAAUAACCUGUUUUAAAGUAAGUUCCCCAAAUCCAGCGACUGAUUUGAUUCUAAUUCAACCAGCAGUAUUCAACAUUGAGGGUAGCCGGACUUUAUUUGUAAUAUUUUUGUUUACUGUAUCACUACCAAAAUCUUUGCAAAUUAAAAAAAAAGCAUCUGUCCUACAUCACCUGCAUUGUUUGGUAUGUCUGAAAACUGUUACUAGGCAUCAUACUUGCUUGGUCUUACCACACAAUGUGGCUUGAUAUCUUCAACUUCCCAUUGAGUGGAGCAUCAAAGAACUCUUGUGUGCCAGGGUUGAGUUCUGCUUAGUGACUGAGAAGCAAGCAGCUUGCUAGCCUGCGUGUCAGUAAGCUGCUGUGUAUACUUUUAACAAGUAGAUGUUUAAAUUCUGACUUCAUCCCUUGAAUCUGCUUUGGGCACAACUUAGACAUCUUUUCUUUAGUCUUGUAACGUAUGCAGACUAAAAUGCAUUUUGAUUGAACCAUUCCAAUCUGGUCGUCUGCUUUAGAUUUUAAUCUCUGCCUUUGAGGUGCCUACACAAGCCUGACUCUCAUAGAGGAAGGUUUUAUUUUCAAUUGGAAAAGUUCAGAUUUUUCUAUUAAAGCUAAUAUAACAUGCUGUAAAUAACCAAACCUGGUAAUGUAUCUGCAAAGUUUGUCAAUUCCUGUAUAAAUACAAAAUUGCUGCCUUUGCUUUGCUAGUCCCUGAAGUGUUUGUGUGUCUUGUACAUUUUUGUAUAUGUAUGUACUAUGCAAAUAAAGCUUUGGAUGCAUUUAACAAAGAAAAUAUUCAAAUCAUU